AUGUCUGGGUCUUACGGAGUCUCUCAAACUUUCGUUUUCCCUUGGUCUGUCAUCUUUGCCUCGGCUCCGCCCCGAGCCCUGGAGAGCAUAAAUAGCGAGGCUGGUGUCCUGCUGACCAUUGUGCCUGGUCCAUCAGCGCCCCCGCUCGCAGCGUCCUGCUGGUCUGAGGCUGAAGCCAUGGAGCGGCACUUCCCCGGCUGUCUGAAGCAGGAUUGGGAUUGCCCAGAGGUGACGUCAGAGUCCCAGCCUCCGACGAUCCUGAGCUCAGAAGAUCGCGGUCCGUGGCCUGUCCCCGUGUACCCUGUUCUAGUAGAGCUCUCGUGCGACAGCGGUGAUGGCUGUGGGAAUCUGCUUUCCAGUCCUUGGCGCCUUCGCUGGGUCGGCCUGCCAGACGGGCUCGGUCCCACGGUCCGGAGCACUUCGGAAACCAGCAGAGCCCAGCCCACUGCGUUUCCUCGGACUGGGACACACGACAAGCCAGGAGGUCCGAUAGGAGCGGUGGACCGUGUAGAGGAAGUCGACAGACAGGCCAUCCAGCAGCCUCCUUGGGCAGGCACGCCCCACCCUGGGGACACACAGCAGGACCCCGGGGCCUCUGACAGCGUGCCCCUUGUGGAGUGUCGCCGACCUCCCGCCCCCUACCGGUGGAGCAGCCACGCACUUCUGGCAGGAGGUCUGGAGUGGAUUCGUCGCAUUGCUGGCGCCCUCGUCUCCAUGAUGUCAUGGGGGUGCUGCCCUUCCAUCUUUGGCACUAGCGACUAUUAG